UGUGUGUCUAAAGAUCCCAAAAGGUCUCCCGUUAGAGUUGUGUUUUCCUGCUGCGCAGGUUUGUAAUAUUUUUCUGUGAUGGAAGAUAGGCAAGACAUUGUAAAGAUGGAGGAACAUGGUGGCCAACAGGAGGAAAAUCAAAGUUCAAAAGAAAAGACUCCAAAAAGAAUCAUAUACUUUGCAAGUGGUGAAUGUCUGGAAGAAUUCAGCUCAGAAGAGGAAGACCAAGAGGAGGACAUCCAUGAACCUGUAGACACUGCCAGUCUUUCUUGGGGUGCUUACCUGCAAUUUUGGGCACUUCACAUUGCAACAAUGUCUUUUUUUACUUGUGAAUUUCUUGGCGGAAAAUUAGCUACAUUAUUUGGACUUGACCAACCCAAAUAUCAGUAUGCAGUAGACGAACAUUACAGGAAUGAGAGAAUGGAAUUUGAACAUGAUGACGAUGGUGAAGAGAUGCUAGAGAUGGAGAGAGCUGCACCACCAGAUGAAAAACAGCCUCUGGAAAUGCAGAGUCUAGGAUAUGGGUCCCUUCGUGGCAAACAUGCAUCCACAUUUUGUCAGAGAGACACUUUUGCAAAUGUCACUGAAUGUGAAGAAGGUAGCUUGGCAGAUCAAAAAUGUAACCCAGCACCAGUAAAAUAAUAGCAGUGUUGUGAGUCACUAUACUUGCCUUGCCAGCAAUGUCUGUUCGAUUAAAAGGAAAAGAAUAAAAAUUAAGCUACUCAGGAAGUAAUGUCAGGAUGACAUUAAAGCAAUGGUUUUUUAACUUUGUUUGAAGUUUAGCAAGAAUUUCUCAAUGAGAAGAUGAACAAUAGCAGAUGAACUUUACUAAAAUAUCAUUUCUCACUACUGUGCCUCAUAUGUUGUAUAGCUUCUAAGACAUGUUGAAUUAUGUUUUAAGAUUCAGUCUCAGUUUGGUUAGGAUAAGAAUGAGAUUGAGGAGAUCGGCUCACUUCCUUCUCCCAAUGAACUGUGUGCACCCACAUGUCUCUGUGAACACAGGGCUUCUCCAGAGGACAAACUGAUAGGCAAAGGCAGAAUUUUUUAAAAAUGACUACAAUAAAAGGAGAAGGUUCUCUUCUUGCUAGAGUUGGCCACAGGAUAAUGCAGUGAUUGCGAACCUAUGGCACGCGUGCCAGAGGUGGCACACGGAGGCCUCUUGCUGGGCACGUGAGUGCCGAAUCUCCCCCUCCCCCUUCUUGCCCUUCCUUUGCUCCUUGGUUGGUCCGUCAGAGGCGCCAGAAAGGGCCUCUGAGAAAGGGUGGCAGAGAACCCCACUGCCUUCUGGGGCAUUCCCUUCUCGCACUGCCUUCUGGUGCGUUCCCCUUGUUCCGCACUGUUCUAUCUCCAGAGGCCCAGAGCAGGAGGACAGGGGAGCUCCAAAGGAACGCGAGGUGAGGCCACAGGGUCUUUGCAACUGAGUGGCUCGAGCUGUCCUAUGCGGGAGGGGGCUUUCUCCCGAGCAGCUGCUGCAAGGCUUUUAUUGGGGGGGCAUUACUUCCUCUAUACCAC